UUCAUAAAAGUGUAAAUUCUAGAGUUGUUAAAAACUAGCGUGUAUUAUUUUGGCAAUAUACGUUUCACGACUUGUGUAGACAUUUUUCAAAUGGGCAUCACAAACGAAAGCGGAAAUAUAUUUAAAUUUCGUUUGAUUUUUUCCUUAUUCUGAACCACUAGGUGUCAGAUUAUUUAGAUUAAUAUUUUUAAAGAUGGUAUUUAAAAAUGUUGAAUUUUCCAACACCGUGAUUUUUUUGUUGCGUUCUGUUUUGCUGUCAUGUUACGGAAAUGAACUUCGGGAACCUUCGGAGACACCCGGAAAGGAUCCAGCGUCUGCGAAGAUGUUGUCACGUAGGAGGAAAGUGUCGAUUGGGUUAAGACUGAUCUGUACAAAAGUGGCUUUUCUGUUGGACACAUUUCAAAAUACAAUGGAGGAACAAUCCUGCACAUCAUUUGUGGAAAUGGAAGAGUUAGAGGCAGAACAGGAGAUUGUAGCCAAGGCUCUUGCUUAUCAUUGUAACAUUACUGUGUUAAAACCUGUAUAA